AUGAAGCUCGCGGCUCUGGGAUCAAUACCUGUGCACACGAGACCCGAAGAAACUAAAUCAAGUCUUAAACUAAUAACUCAUUUAGACAAUGCAAAUCGGCUGGCCUUGCCUUCAUUUCUGACUUUCUCAGAAUUCCGUGCGUCUUUGGUUCUCGGUGGCGGUGCUGCCAACUUGAGAACACCUACCAAGCGCAGGACCACGCCGUUGCCAGAAGGACUGCAAGUGGACAGGACGGUCGCUGUUCCUAUGCAUGUGACCGUAAAUAUAAGGUCGUCUCAGUUCAACACUUGUGUGAUUAAACAGAUCGAAGUGUGUGCCCAAAAUGACAGGAAGAAGAACAAGACUUUGUUGGCUUUGGACUCCACACCACAAUGGAAAAAGCUAAACAGCAAGAAGUUCGCAGGCAUUCAGGGGAAUAUGACUACACCCCGUCAAAGAGAUGCCAUCCAAAAGAAGAAACUACUGGUGGACCAUGAUGGUGGUGGUGAUGGUUUUGGUUUUGGUACCUCCACUCCCCAUUUCAUCAAAAGCAACUCCAGAACUCCGGCCAGCAGAUUUAGCAAUGUGUCCGUGUGCUCCCCCGCUGCUGCAGAGCCUGACCUUGCCAGUCGUCCAGCCUCCUCCUCCUCCUCCUCUUCCUCCUCCUCCUCCUCCUCCUCCGAGAGCCCCAGCUGUGGCACUGGCAUCUCCACUGAACACAGUUCCAUCUACUCCUGGAGAUACGAUGAGUUUGACCGUGUGAACACCCAGCGUGUGCGUCAGCUCUUCUGUGCGGUGGACGAGCUCCUGUACGAGGGGAAGCUGAGCAGCCGCUCUGAAGGACUGCAGGAGGAGUGCAGAGCCUGGAACACACACUCACCACACCUCAGGGUGCUGGGUAACCAGUUGGAGCCUCCUAAACAGGAGGGUUUCCAGUACAUCCACAGACAGGCCUCCAGUGCUACCGGCAGUGCUGUGGUGCUCCACAUGCCAUGCCUGCUCAGGAGAGAGGACUCCAGCCAGCUGUGUGUGGAGGGCCAUGGUCUGUUGCCUGGGCCCCCAGCAUGCGGCCACUUGGCCCCUGGCUCCAGGCAGGAGCUCUCUGACCACUCACUGGCCUCAGCAUUGGAGGUGGAUGGUAAAGCGGAAGAUGAGGAAGAGGAGGAGGUGGUGUACGAAGCCGAGGGUAGACUGGAGGAGUUUCUUGCCUACGAUGUGAAGGAGAUGGAGGAUGAGGGGGUGGAUCAGAGGAAGGCCUGUUACCACACAGCCGUGCUGGAGCCCACCACUGGGAGGAGUGGGGGAGCCGGAGCUGGAGGAGGAACGGGAGGAGGUGGUGGAGGUGGAGUUGGUGGAGGAGGGGUGCCUCCCAUCUCUCCCCAUGCCUGCAUCAAGGAUGCCGUGGCGGGGGAGGUGUUCGAUGACGCCUGGCGCCUGGCGAUGCGCACUCUCCAGGGGCUCCUGCACAAGCACUGGCAGAGGGAUCCUAUAGGUGGUGUGGGCAUGCUUCUGCCCGGUGUGUCAGAGAGCGGUGGUGGCCAGGGCCCGGGUGAGCCAUCAUCCUCCUCUCCGGUCGACACCAAAUGCAGACGCCAGACCUCCUCCUCCAGGGUAUCCCAUGCCAAGAUGUUCCUGGGAUCCAGCUUCACCACCACCACCACCAACGCCCAAGGCUCAAGUGCCGUCAGAAUUAAUUUAAACGGCGUUAUGACGAUUCAGGCGAAGCCGCUUCAGCAAAGAGCACAAGGAUCAGCAGACAAGUCCCCCUGUGACUCUGAUGACAGAGACAGGUCCCAGGGUCCCAGGACUCAGCAAGCUCAGAGGCCCCAGGGAGGCUCCUCACAGAGGCCCCAGGGACAGAGCCAGCAGGGGCAACGCCGUCUCCCCAGACUGAGUGCCAGGACCAGGCUACUGACCAGUAGCAACCUCCUUUACAGCAACCAGGUCCUGCACGGCACCAAGCUAUGCACUGUGAGUGAGGGGCUGCCUUCACCUCCCGUCACUGCUGCUAUGGGCCACCGUCUGCCACAGCUCACCUCGGAUGGCCCCGACCAGGAUGUCUCCUUAGCACACCCUUCCCGACACAUGCAGCCCAGAUGGAGACUUCUACGGGGGGGCUUGGCCAGCGCCGUGCACCCCCGCUCUGGCCUACCUCCACUGAGGGAGCCCCCUGUGAGUCUGGAGCCGCUGGCUAGGCCCAACACCACCCAUACUGUCUGGUCUGACUCGCCCAUGAAGAGCAGCUUUUCACCGGUGGACUUUGCCAGCACCGUGAAGCCCUCUGGACAUGCGCUCCCAGGGUGCAGUGGUGACCUGGCGAGGAUGGGCAUUACAGGGUUCAGCCUGGGCAUCACCUCCUCCUCCAUGGCCAGCGGCUUCUCUGAGUGUGCCACCACGCCACCCAGGAGGAGACGGACAUACGCGUCCUCCGCAGUGGACAGAGACGGUCCCGCUGGAGCGCUCCUCAUUGGAGCGCAGUGUCAGCGCAAAGCACUCAGCCGACCUCCAGGAGGACCGACAGCCAGGAGGAAGUUCCAAAUGGUGAUGCCGUAAACGCUGACCUGGGGGACCAGAGGACCCAAACGUGGCACUAACACCCCUGACCUGAGGACACACGCACACACAACACUCACACUACUGGGCUGGGGACAGACACACAUGUGACGCUCACACCAAUGUUCUGAGGACAGACAUGCACACGACACUCACACCAUUGACCUGAGGACAGAUAAUACACGUCACACUCACAGCACUGACCAGAACACGGGCAUGCGACUCUCACAGCACUGACCAGAACUGACAAGCAAUUCCGGCACUGGCAUGCAAUUCUGAUCGCACACAAGACACAGAACAGCACAACACAGUAACACAGGCCACUAUAACAAUUCUGUCCAGGUGAUGGAGGAGUCGUGCUGUGACCACUGGUGUUUUAUAAUGAUGCUGCAGAGCAGAGGCACGGCAGGUGGUUUUCAUAUGCAACGCAAAAACACAAAUCAGAAAACAGGCUAGUCGAGAUGUGAGAAUAUUCAUUUUUUGACCGCUUCUGCAUACAAGAUAGAGGCUCAUUAAUGACAAUAUGGCAGAAAUAAUUCUGUAACAAACACAUCUUGACAACUGCUGCAAAGAAGUUUUGUGAAAGAGCCGAAAUGUUCAGCAAACUAACAUGCGGGGGUUGGACUUGGACAAAGAGUCUAUCCCGAGGGGUGCAGAGGUCAGCGUCUCUUAUCAUUCUGAAAUAAAUGUGUAAUACACACACACAGAUAUACAGACGCAUACACACGCGUAUGUACAUACUUGCACUUACUCACUGAGAGAGAGAGAGAGAGAGAGAGAGAGAGAGAGAGAGAGAGAGAGAGAGAGAAGCACACACAUGCACACAUAAUCCUGCUUUUAAAUGAAGACAUUAUAUAAAAAUGAAAGGUGUGGUGCCUUUUUUUAUCUGCUUGUCAUCUCUCCCCUCCUGUUUGUAUAUGAUCCACUUGUGCUCUACAUGUAUAUGCAGCGUUUUCUUUCUGGGCUGCAGGAGGUGGGGAAGGAGCAGGUUUAUUUCUGUAU